AUGAAGUAUCUUCGCCUAGCCUCUGUGGUCGCUCUUGUCAGCGCUGCUACUGUGUCCGCUGGUCCAUUAGGCGCCCGCGAACAGGACGGAUCCUGCCCCAAGGGCUACACUAUGAGCGUCUACUACAAGACCAUCACUGUGGAAACAUACCCAGCUGCGACCUCUGUAGAGACUACAUUUACCCCGACAUCUACGCCGGUCAUUGUCGAGUCCGAAUCCUCCGCUGAGCCUACAGUGGCCUCAUCGUCUACUGCGAUUGCCGUGGAUACUACGACAUCUUCAGUCUCUGCUGUUGAGACCUCCACUGCACAGACAUCUGCCGCUCAGACAUCUGCUGCUCAGGCCUCUGCUGCUGAGACAUCUACCGUUGAGACAUCUACCGUUGAGACAUCUACCGUUCAGACAUCUACCGUUGAGACCUCCACUGCACAGACAUCUGCUGCUCAGACAUCUGCUGCUCAAACUUCUGCUGCUCAAAAUUCUGCUGCUCAGGCCUCUGCUGUUGAGACAUAUGCUGUUGAGACCUCUGUCGCUGAGGCUGCAGUUGUCAAGACCGCCCCAGUCGUGGCUGUUCUGCCCACUACGUCAACUGAGAUUGCUGCUGUCAUCAAAACCGUUGCUGCUCCAGCCGUGGAGACCACCGCCGUGCAGACCACCGCUCAAGCCCCCGUCGAAGUCGCCAGCACUUCCACCAGUCAAGCUACUGUCCAGGCUGCCAGUACCUCUACUCAGUCUGCUCCUUCCUUCUCUGCCACCAAAUCUGCAAUCAACAAGUCUACCUCUGCCGGUUCCUCCAGCGGAUCUGCCGGCGAAGCCACCUUCUACGGCGGCAACCUUGCUGGCGGAACCUGCUCGUUCUCCGGCUACACUCUCCCGAGUCACCUCUUCGGCACGGCCCUCUCCCUCCAGCGAUGGGAUGAUGCCGCAAACUGCGGUACCUGUGUGUCCGUCACUGGACCAAAGGGUAACUCCAUCAAAGCAAUGAUCGUCGACCAAUGCCCCGAAUGCGAAAGCAACCACCUCGACCUUUUCCAAGACGCCUUUGCCGAACUCUCAGAAAUCUCCGCCGGCGUCAUCCCAACCACCUGGUCAUAUGUCUCUUGUGAUCUGGAUGGGCCUUUGAAACUCAAGAACAAGGAGGGCACAUCUGCCUACUGGUUCUCGAUGCAGGUCGUUAAUGCCAACGAGGCUGUGACUGCGUUGGAGGUUAGCAUUGAUGGCGGUAGUUCAUGGAAGAGCACGACCCGCACUUCGUACAACUUCUUUGAGAACAGCGCUGGGUUCGGGACUAGCACCGUUGACGUUCGGAUUACCGGCGCUAGUGGCAAGACUGUUGUUGUCAAGGAUGUCGGGGUUAGCUCUGGCUUCGAGGUCACUGCUGUGUCGAACUUGUAA